AUGUCGAAAACGGCCUCUGCAACCUCUAGCUCCGCUAGCGCGGCAUCGCCAGCCGAUGACGCGAACGGACUCGCAAGCUGCAGGCCCCUUCGACCGCCGCCGGUUUUCUGUGAAGGAAAAGGCGAGGCAGCAGGUCAUCUCGCGCAUCCUUGUAGGAGGCACGUGCAACAUCCUCGCCAGUCCUCCACCCCCGACUCCUCACGCUCCAGCAGCCACUCCCCGCACACCGACUCUGCCCACUUGGGCGCACAACAACUUCAGUCUAGCGAACACGGAAGCAAUGGUGCUGCAGUGCCCCUCAUUCAUCGGCGUGCGGCACCUGCGCUCGGUGCCCGCCACUGCAGCAAUGACCAAGAACGCCACCAGGCAGUCACCACGGGCGGUUCCGCGGUGCUGGAACACUACCACGUUCUCGAGCUGGAAGAGCAGCUGCAAUAUUGGAGGCAGCGGGCGCUACAGGUGGAGAAACGGGCGCUGCGGCGCGAGCGCGCGCUCCAGGCGCGGUGGGAAGCGGAGUUUGCCGCCGCGCAAGUCUCGUCGGAGACGCUCAUGCGAAAGCUGCUGGACAAGCUGCGCCGCCUUCAAGCACAGGUGAAUCCUCGGAAGAGAGCCGUGCAGCAGGCGGAGGGACAGGAACAACAGUCGAGGAGUGGCAGGGCAUCGAUGGGCUCUGCCUCUACAACUCCGAACUUGUCCACCCCCGGCGGUAGCGGCCACCACUGCGGCGGUGAGAGCGAAGGCACUGACGGCAUCCCGAGAGGCUCGGACACGAACAAGGUGGCCUACCCGCGUCGUUUUCUCUCUCACUGGGCAGGGAACAACGCGUCACUGCCAGAGUCCCCCGCUGGGCUGCAACGGGAACAGGAACAGUCGGACCGUAGCCGCAGUGCUGCAAAUGCCGCAGAAACCUGUGCCACGUACAAUGAAAAGUCGCACACAACCCUCCAGGCGCACCUCCGCGAUCUCUGCCGUGCCGUGCUUCGCUGCUUGUCGCGCAGCAGCGAGCUGCGCGAGUGUCGUGCGGUGCUGUGCGGAAACUGCUCCCACAAUGCCCACACGGCUAACGACGGUGAUGCCGAAGAACCGGAGACAGCGCGUGUGGUUCAGGCCCUCCUGGACGUGUCAAGUCGACGGCAAGCGAACAGUGCGCCGACGUCAUCGUCACUGGCUCACUCGCUGCUGGUGCUGCAAAGUGCGCUCGAGCACCUCGACACAGUGCUUCGCACUUGUGUGGACGACAUGGUCUUCGCCAGUAGCGGACUCGCAUCAACCUCCUCUGCUGCCUAUGCGCGGCAUCCGCAGCGGCAGCCGCCACCACAAGAUGAGCACCGCAGCACAGACCUGGAAGAGCAGCUCCGACAGGCCCGCACCUCUCUUUUUCAAGAGCAGCAACGUCGUGUCACUGUGCAGUCGUCCUUGGACGCCGCGAUGCGCGACAUUCGGGAUCUUGCGCAGGCGCAGCAGGACAACGUCUUGCAACUCAAGAUUGAAGCGCGUGCCGCGGCGGAGCGAGCGCAGCAAGAUUACCGUGCAGAUCUGGAGCGCACGCGAGCGACCCUAGAAUGCGACGUUGUCGCGGCAACCCGUCGUGCCAGCGCAGCGGAACAUCAGUCCAUGUUGUGCGCUCAACGAGAGGUGCACUGGCAGACGCGGCUCUGCGCGCUGAAAGACGAGCGCGACACCUAUGCACGGGAAUGCGCUCUGCUGAAGAGCCGGCUUGAGCUCCUUCAGCAAGCCCGCAACGCAACCGCAGCAGAGCGGGCGGGACAGCUGCGGGAGGGCGUCGACAAGGCCGUGUUGUCGGUGGCGCCAAGCGGUGGAGCGGAAGCGAAAGCAGCAGCAGCGGCGGCGGCGGUGUCCGCGUUGGGGGUGCCGCCAGUCGACACCUCCUCACCUGCGCCGCGCGUCACGUGGGCUGACGCACAGAUGGAUCGACUGGCGGCCAUCGACCGGCUCAGCGGGUUCGCUGGCCCGUCAUCGGUGUAUCGCAGCCCCAGUCGAUCACUGAGCUACUCGCCUUCGCCGAAUAUGGAUAAGGCAAUAAAGCAUCCACCCGGAGCACGCACAGACGACACCGCACGGACCCACGGUGCGCAGCCGACAAGUAGCGCCAGCACGACGGCGUCUGGAGCGCUGCGGCUUCCGUCGGCCUUUCCCAGUUCUCCCAUGGACGUUGUACAGCCGUCGGUGCUUGCGGCGCUAGAGGGCAGUGGUGAUGCCGAGGUGAACGCGCUGGCGCAGCGACCCUACGACGACAGGAGCAGUGCGGCGAGGGGCAAGGCUGGCGUGCCUGUCGACGGCGAUGCACUGGAGCAGGCCCACUUCACCCCCUGGCGCGCACCAUCGAAACAUCAUGCCUCCUCGGCCGUUGAUGCGGCCGUCGUCGGCACACCGUUGGCGAGGAUGAGGGCAUGGGAAAAAAAGUUCAAGGCCAUCUUGAACUAUGCGUGA